UCAAGCAAUCCGUGAUGUGGAUGGACAAUGCGCUCGAAAUUUGGAAUGAUCUUAAGGAAAGGUUUUCCCAUUCCGAUAAGUUUCGUGUAGCGGAUCUUCAAGAUCAAAUUCAAAGUUGUAAACAAGGAUCGUCCACCGUUUCUGAAUAUUACACAAGAUUAAAGAUCUUGUGGAAAGAAAUCGAGCUAUAUCGGUGCGUUUUGGUUUGUACGUGCUCCAUACCCUGUUCAUGUGGCCUCCUUCCAAGGUUACACAAAGAAAGAGAGGAUGAUUGUGUCAUACGGUUCCUACGAGGGUUGAAUGAUGAUUACUCGCAGGUUCGCUCUCAAGUGAUGAUGAUGGACCUAAUGCCCUCCAUUGUCAAAACCUUUUCUCUAAUCAAGCAACACCUUCUUCCUCUAAUCCUGCAACACGAAAGAGAAUUUGUAAGCACACCUUCUUCCUCUAAUCAAGAUUUAGUUGCUUUUUCUGUACAAUCCAAUGAAUCCUCCAAACAAUCCAAUAAACCCCUCAAUACCACUGUCAAGAAUCUCAAUCUUGGCAAAACUAGCAAAAACAAUAAGUUAUGUGAAAAGUGUAAAAAGACGAAUCACACAAUCGAAACUUGUUUUUGGCGCAUUGGAUUCCCUCCUGGAUACAGAAAAGCUUCUUGUUCUUCGGUUGGUGCCACUUCCUCUGCUAGUUUGGCUGAAGCAGAACUUGACACAGCUCCACUGCAAUCCCAACUGGUUGAAGGCUCUACUCCUGAUCAAUUCAGUUUCUCCAAAGAGCAAUACAAUGCUAUCCUAGCUCUUCUCUAGCAGUCUCAAAUUAAUUCGGCUUCUACCCAUUCUAUUCAGCCAUCAUCUGCAAAUUCAUUAGAAAACUCAAUUUCGGAUGAUUGGUGCAGCUAGAUAUUUCAAUGGCUUAUUUUACCUCCAACAAAUCAGUGGUUUCCAAUCCAGUGACUCUUUUUCACAUGUUGUUUCCAAAGAUCUGUCAACAUUAUGGCAUCACAGAUUAAGCCACACUUCUGAUCACAUUUUAAAACAUUUGUCUACAAAGUAUAGUGACAUUACUUUUCAUUGUUCUCAACCUUGUGAUACAUGUCAUUUUGCUAAGCAAAAAAAAUUAUCUUUUCCCCAUAGUAAUAGCAAA